AUCGUGAAGAAACCCCUGAUGAUCAAAAAAAACAAAUGAUCCGAAAGAUUAAUGCUGCUAAAAAAUACUAUGAUGAUUUAGCAAAUUCUUCACAAUCAACAAAUGAGAUAUCAAAUAACCAAGUCAGAGAUUAUCAAUUUGACGGAGCUUCUCAAUCUGAACUUAAUAUCAUACCUGUUCAGACCCAAUCCGUUCAGAGACGUACUAGGACAACACAUAAUCUUGCCCAGAGUAUAAUUGAUAAUUUUAAUCCAUUAAUUAUUAGUAAAAAAAAUGUGAUUAGUGGCCGACAUAUGCUUCAACGAAUGUCAAUUUGUUGUGAACACUGUCAAGCCGUACGUUGGCAAAUGGAGUCCUCAACUAAUUGCUGCCGUAAUGGAAAAGUUGGUUUGGCACCAUUAGUUUUUGCAUUCAUAUCGAUGGGAGCAUCAAUUGAUCCACAUCUUGCAAAUAGUGCUAAUGGGGUAUAUACCUAUCAUGUUCAAGGUGCAAUUUAUCAUCAAAUUGGUUCAAUGCUUUCUGCAGAGAAUUGUACACCCAAAUUCUCACAAAUAUAUAUAUAUGAUGGCAAUUUUGAAGCUGAAUUGAGCUACCGUCACAACGUGUUUCCAACUUUAGACACUUUUCUUUUAGCAAAUAUUCAGUAUGAGCUUCAUAUGCAUAAUCCUUUUGCUCAAGUUUUUCAUAGUGCUGGCCAAUUUGUGCGUGAAG